UUUCACCACCCACCUGCCAUUAUCAUCUGUCUCCGCGUGCGCCCACAGACCAAAAGCCAAAGCUUUGCGCACACAAAUCCGACGAGAGCUAUACGAGACGGGAGGACCUCUGCUGCGCGCAUUGGAGCGGCGGCGCCGGGGGGGGAUUGAUCCAUGGCGGGCCUCGGGUUCGAGGAGACCGAGCUCCGGCUCGGCCUGCCCGGCGGCGGGAGCGACGCCGGGGACGCCGCGGCGGCGAGGAAGCGGGGCUUCGAGGAGACCAUCGACCUCAAGCUGAAGCUGGAGCAGCCGGCGUCGGCGGCCGCGGCGUGCGUGGAGAAGGAAGCGGAGGAGGGUGAGGCGGAGGCGGCGGCAGCGUCCGCCACCGGCGGAGGUAACAUGAAGAGCAGGUCGCCGAGCCAGAGCAGCGUGGUCACCGCCGACGACGCGCAGCCGGACCCCGAGAAGCCUCGCGCGCCCAAGGCGCAGGCUGUGGGGUGGCCGCCCGUCCGGUCGUCCCGCAAGAACAUCCUCUCCGUGCAGAAAGGCGGCAAGGACGACGGCAAGUCCGGCGCCGGCGCGGCGGCGUUCGUGAAGGUGAGCAUGGACGGCGCGCCGUACCUGCGCAAGGUGGACCUGAGGACGUACGGGAGCUACCAGGAGCUGUCCAAGGCGCUCGAGAAGAUGCUCAGCUCCUUCACCAUCGGCAGCUGCGGCGGGUCGCAGCAGGGGAUGCAGGGCGUGAACGAGACCAAGCUGGCGGACCUGCUCAGCGGCUCCGAGUACGUGCCCACCUACGAGGACAAGGACGGCGACUGGAUGCUCGUCGGCGACGUGCCCUGGGAAAUGUUCGUGGAGUCGUGCAAGCGCCUCCGGAUCAUGAAAGGAUCGGAAGCCGUCGGCCUCGCGCCGAGGGCGAUGGAGAAGUGCAAGAACAGUUGCUGAGGAAGGCAUGCUCAUCGCAAGCGUCCGGCCUGUAUUAAUUAUUAACUGCAAGGAUGAUGGAUACGCUUCUGCUCCUCUCUGUGUCAUAUUAAUGCUGUUGAUCGAGUUUACUGCCCUGAAAGCCUGCGUCAUCGUCUUCGUCGUCUCAGUUAAGGCGUGUCCAUGUAUUAGUGUGUUCUUUCUCGUUCUUAAUUCUAGGGACUCCAUGCAUGUAUUGUUGUUGUGGUUAAGUUUCGUCUUGUUAUAUAAAGCAUAUACACACACACGUAACAAAGAUGGUGUGAUUGAUCGGCUUGCGCCUUUCGCAUACCGGACUCUUCAACUUU